CGCCGCGGCCCGGCCUCCCGCCUCGCAGCGGCCCCCCGCGUCCCGGCCUACAGCCGGCUCCACCACGCCCCUCGGGCACCCUCUCCCUCCGUGGUGUGGGCGCGUCGGGCCGAUGCGGUGAGCGUGGCCCGCCCGGCAGGAGCGCGCGGACCGGCGGGCGGCGGACGGCGGCCGCGACCAUGGCCCUGACGCUGUUCGAUACAGAUGAAUAUAGACCUCCUGUUUGGAAAUCCUACUUGUAUCAGCUACAACAGGAAGCCCCUCAUCCUCGGAGGAUUACCUGUACUUGUGAGGUAGAAAACAGACCAAAGUAUUAUGGAAGAGAGUUUCAUGGCAUGAUCUCCCGAGAAGCAGCUGACCAGCUCUUGAGUGUGGCUGAGGGGAGUUACCUCAUUCGAGAGAGUCAGAGGCAACCAGGAACCUACACUUUGGCUUUAAGAUUUGGAAGUCAAACCAGAAACUUCAGGCUCUACUACGAUGGAAAGCACUUUGUUGGGGAGAAACGCUUUGAGUCCAUCCACGAUCUGGUGACUGAUGGCUUGAUUACUCUCUAUAUUGAAACCAAGGCAGCAGAAUACAUUGCCAAGAUGACGAUAAACCCAAUUUAUGAGCACGUAGGAUACACAACCUUAAACAGAGAGCCAGCAUACAAAAAACAUAUGGGAGUCCUGAAAGAGACACAUGAUGAGAAAGAUGCCGCAGGCCAGGAUGGGGUGUCAGAGAAAAGGUUGACAUCACUUGUUAGAAGAGCAACUCUGAAAGAAAAUGAGCAAAUUCCAAAGUAUGAAAAGGUUCACAAUUUCAAGGUCCAUACGUUCCGAGGGCCACACUGGUGUGAAUACUGUGCCAACUUCAUGUGGGGUCUCAUUGCUCAGGGAGUGAAAUGUGCAGAUUGUGGUUUGAAUGUUCAUAAGCAGUGUUCCAAGAUGGUCCCAAAUGACUGCAAGCCAGACUUGAAGCAUGUGAAGAAGGUGUACAGUUGCGACCUCACGACGCUUGUGAAAGCACACAUCACUAAGCGGCCCAUGGUGGUAGACAUGUGCAUCAGGGAGAUUGAGUCUAGAGGUCUUAAUUCUGAAGGACUAUACCGAGUAUCAGGAUUUAGUGACCUAAUUGAAGAUGUCAAGAUGGCCUUUGACAGAGAUGGUGAGAAAGCAGAUAUUUCUGUGAACAUGUAUGAAGAUAUCAACAUUAUCACUGGUGCACUUAAACUCUACUUCAGGGAUUUGCCAAUUCCACUCAUUACCUACGAUGCCUACCCUAAGUUCAUCGAGUCUGCUAAAAUUAUGGAUCCUGAUGAGCAAUUGGAAACCCUUCAUGAAGCGCUGAAACUACUGCCGCCUGCUCACUGCGAAACCCUCCGGUACCUCAUGGCGCAUCUAAAGAGAGUGACUCUCCAUGAAAAGGAGAAUCUUAUGAAUGCAGAGAACCUUGGAAUCGUCUUCGGCCCAACCCUUAUGAGAUCCCCAGAACAAGAUGCGAUGGCUGCAUUGAAUGAUAUAAGAUAUCAGAGACUGGUGGUGGAGCUGCUUAUCAAAAAUGAAGACAUUUUAUUUUAAAUUUUUAAUUUGAGGGAAAAGAAAUGUUUUACAGAUGAAGGAUGUUUUAUAGUAAUUUAAUUGGCUCCAUAGCUGAAUUAUUUCUUGGUUAGAGAUUUGGGCAAAUAACCAGAUGAAAAUGAAGGAACUUUCUGUCAUUUCUGUAGCACCACUCUGCUGUCCUUGUAAAACAUGCUUUCCAGUUCUAGUAAUCCUGGGUGUUUAUCAUGAUACGAGAAACUCAAGCUGUAUUGCAUGAUUACCCCCCAUUCGGUAAGGAAACCCCAUGCAACAAACGCAGACCUGCACCUGCUCCACCUCCGUCCUGGGUAGUCUGUGAUUGUAACCCAGCAUGUUUCACAGAGUAAACCUGUUGUGAUUUUCCUUUUGGGGUCCAUGCCAUUGGUUUCUGCUGCUUGUACAAACAUGCGCGUGCACACACAGAUACACUGCACCCCUGGCUGUUGCGUUGCCAUAGACAGUAUCACACGCUGACUUUUCACAAACGAUUUCCAGUUUCUCUCAAGCUCCUCUCUAACAUAGUAUUCUUUCCAGCAAAAGCAAAAUGUGCUUUCAGAUUUGUUACUUUAACAAGUUAUCCUACCAAUAAAAUGUACAACACAGAG